CCCCUCUCCACCAAUUAUCCUCUAUCUCCCACGUGGGACUCCUGGCCACACUCCACUGCAUAUUAUAUAUUUUUAUCUCUCUCUUACAAGUUACAACUAAUGUAUACCCCCUCCGGAUCGCUCCUUUCUAUAAUCUCUAACCAUAUGAUUUCCUAAUUUCUUCGACUCUUCACUUCUCUCAAGAGUUCCAUUCUUCUUUCUUCCAUAGAUCCUAUUGGUCUGCAGGUUCUUCUUUCCUCUGUAAGAGUUAAUAGGAACUCGACGAUCAAUAUCAUGGGGGACUCCUCUGCUUCAUAUAUCCAUAUGGUGCAGCACCUGAUCGAGAAGUGUCUUAUCUUUCACAUGACCAAAGAAGAGUGCAUGGAUGCUCUCUCUAAGCAUGCAAACAUAAAACCAGUCAUCACCUCCACUGUAUGGAAGGAGCUAGAGAAAGAGAACAAGGAAUUCUUCGAGGAGUACGCGAGAAGCAGAGGAGAUCGAAUGUCGGAAGAGGAGACAAGUCAAAAGAUCCACAACAUACUAUCUGAUCCCACCGCCGCAAGAGAUUCAGACAACUAAGCCCUCUCGCUUGCUUCAAUAUGAAAACGAUAUCUAAAUUUAUCUUCCUUCCUUUCCAUUCCAAGAAGAUUGGAUAUAAGUGAUGAUGGCUCUUGGUUCAAUCAUUACUUAAUAUGAUUACCCUAAUUUCGUCUUACUAGUUCUACUUUGUACUAAAUCCAAUCUCAAAAUUAAGAAUUUUCCACUUCAUGGUUUCUCGAAACAUGUAAUUGGAAAUUCAUGUGUACUACAUGUUCUUUUGUAAA